AGAAAGCGUUGGCCGCUUCACCUGCGAACAUUGAAGAUUUAAGAUGGAAGAGACAUGCGCAAAAACCGGCGUUUUCUAGAAAGAAGCGCUCGAGAGUUUAUUGUUUACAUUACGGAAUUCUUGCAGUUGCCGACCUAAUUUUAUUCGCGCUACAUGAAGGAUAGUACUAAGCCAAAGUCGAAGGAGCCUCGUCAAAAGUUCAAGUUGAACUUUAUAAAGAAGGCGAAGAAAGAUGAGCAGAAGACAAAUAACCAGAAAAUGGAAGACGACGCCAGUGACGGAGGAUUAUCGGAUUAUUCCCAAUCGACGUUGAAAAGGCUUGAUUCUGAUUCAGAUACGGCGACGGAAGAUUGUUCAACUCCAAAAUAUACGGUUCGCCAUAUUCGUGCCGAAGAUAUGGUGAAAAGACGAAGUAAAUCCGUAACACCGCCCUCGAAUUUGGAAUCUGCUCAGGAGACGCCGCCCAGACACCGAUGGACUAGAACUAGAAAUGAAAGGGCCAACAGCGCAUCACGAGCGAAUGUUGAGGGGAGAAAGCACGGAUUGAAGGCGUCCUUCGACGACGUGCAGAGACGCGUAAACGGCUCGUCCCAUGAGGAACAUCGACGCCAUACAGUUACAGUCUCUUCUUCCGAUGUCGAAUCCAUAAAGUCAAAUAGCACUAGUUGCAGCAGCGUAUGCGAUAAGCGUAGUGUAUAUGAGCAUCUGGCGUCUGCUUUCCCCGCUCACUCUGAAGCUAUCUACGGAGCUUAUGUAAAAAAGAAUGAUCAUCAGGUGCGAAAUCUUACGGACGAAGAAGAAUUCCGCAGAAAUAGUAGAGCUCGUUGCAGUCUUCCAGUUGUGAAAUCUACCAAUAAGACCCUAGAGAGGCCUUUAGGAUUGGUUUUAUUGACUUGCCGAAAUGAAACAAAAAGAGCCACUUUGCCCAAUGAAGUCACUUCCAUGGACACUGUUCGAGCUUUGUUCGUCCGCUCCUUUCCUUCAAUACUCUCAAUGUCCAGCAAUGGCUGGCAAAAUAAGAGAAUAUAUAUUUUAGACCAUACAACAAACGUUUAUUACGAAUUGGAAAAUGUUCAUGAUAUUCACGACAGAUCAGUUUUAAAAGUAGUUGAAGUUGAACCUGGGGAAAGUUAUCCUAUGAAUGAGCCAAUUUACUCUGUUCCACACAAAUACCGCCAGAGCACAUCGCCUAAUUACGGAAUCUAUGCAACUCCAUCUGAAUUAGGUAUCCUCUCUCAGCCGCAAGGCAAUUCCGGGUCUACAACGCCAACUCCUCGUGAUCCAGAAACUCAAGCUAGAAUGGCUUCAAUGGAAGCUCAAUUGGCACAUCUGACAGCUUGGGUGCAAACCGCCGUAAAACCGGAUAGGCCGUCGAGUAAUUGCAGUUCGAUGAUUUCUGAUUCUGAAAUUCAGCCUACUUCCGUGUACUUGAAUCACUUGAUGAGCGUUCAAAAAGAAAUACAAUUAUUAAAAAGUGAGCAAGAGCAGCUAAAAGAAAAACACUUGACAAACGUACGAUCUAUGCACGAUCUGUUCAGGGACUCUUUCAAUAAGAUACAAACCGUGCUCGGCGAACACCAAUGUCGGAAAUCUGAAGUUGAGAAGAUCGUCGAUAAACUGUGCACUGAUAAAAUAUCUUUAGAAAAAGAUUUAACGGAUUUAGAGCUUUGCGUAGAAGAAAUUCGCUCCGACGUUCUCAAGCAUAAAUGCCGGGUUAAUUUGACGGAAGUCAGUAAAUUGGCGAUUGGAUUGAGCGGUAUUAGUAAGCGGAUGGCCGAAAUGAAGAUAGGUAUGCCUGAUGUGGAAAAUCGAUUGAAAGAAGCGAUGACUGACGAACUUCAAACUAUAGUCCGAGCAGAAAAGUUCAUCACGGACGAACCAGAUAGUAUUGAAAAGGAUUUAAAAAGGUGUAAAAAAGUUAUGACGAUCUUGUCAACAUUGAAAAGGUUUGUCGCCGGAUGUACUAAAAAUCACUAA